AUGUCUUCAGAAGAUUCACUUUACUCAAGAUAUAAAAAUGCAGCUUCCAUAUCUCUUCCACCAACCUCGCAGUGGGCAUUAGGUGUAGGAAAUAUUACUGCACCUUAUCCGUUAUCUUUCAAAGCCGAAAGCUCUGUAAUGGGCCAUGAUAAAACAAAGGACAAAGAAUUAUUUCGUAAAAAAUUUGGCUUAGAAGAGGAUAAAACACAACCUUCUCAAGACUUGCUUGCUUAUUAUCGUGAAACUUCGAGUAAUGUCAUUCGUUCACCCAGCUCGCCACAACCCUCGAUCUUAGCGCAAACUACUCCUGUAAGAAGAACGAGGCCACCAUCUAGCUUCGGCAAAACACCACUAACUAAUCAAAAACCAACACCCGGUCCAUCGCAAUUGGCUGGGCAGACUUCAUCCGCAGGAUACGCGCCUUUAUUUACAUCAUCCGCUCAUGAAGAACAGGAACCACAAUCUCCUAUUAUUGGUAAUGGUUAUGCUGCUUUGAAGCGUCCAUCACAAGUCCCACUUUCACAAUUUGACGAAAAAUUGAAUAUCAAAGAAGAUCCAUCAAUCGCAACAACAUUUGAUCCGGAAAAAGACAGACAAUUAUAUGAAACUGCUGUAGGUUUUUAUAGAAGUUUUAGUAAGGGUAGCAGUCAGGAAAAUGAAAGCUUCUUCUGGGAGUGUUGA